AUGGAAACUACUGAUGCAUCAAAGUAUUCUUCUACACAAGGCAUAUUAGUGAAGCGCUCGGAUGCCCAGUCGCUUCCGACUAAUGUGUGUCGACAGAACUCGGGGCUUUCGUGUUCUCCAGGAGCUAAGUUGUGGCAAUCGGCCUUCAGGAAAGUUCGCUCUCGGGCUGCCGAGCUGGAUCCAUGGAGCGAUUUUGACUUAAAGUCGACACCUACUAUUGCGGCUAUCCGUCACCGUUACAGCGCACUUAAGAAGAAAUGGAUCAAGGACAAUAUUUUAGUUAAAUUGGAGGAAAAGGCAUUUAAUCGCGGUGCUAUGAGAGAAUGUUUCAGAUUAAAAAAGGCCCCCGACAAUGGUGACUGGUACUCCGCUUCAAAUUACGUUGCAAAGCGCUACAUCUCCUCUGUUAGUAACUCCGUUUACUUAGACGAUGUACGUUUGCAAAUGGAAGCUAAAUUGUGGGCCGAGGCUUUUAACAGGCAAAACCCCCCAAAGAAAGUCGAUGUAUUCCAAAUGUCUGUGAUAGAAAUUCUUCCCGAAGCCCCUGUUAGUCCUCCUCCCCAUUGCGAUACAAAGCGUCGAAGUUCAAUUACGCUGAUAAAUGCACCCUCAAUUCAUCGCCAAACUACUUCUCAAUUUUAUCACAUCGAGCGAUAUAUGGAUGGGGAGUAUUGCAAAUACAACUCUAACUCUGGGUUCGUUGCUGAUCAGCUUCGAAACACGCCGCAGGCCUUCAGCCACUUUACCUUCGAGCGUUCUGGUCAUCGCCUAUUAGUCGUGGAUAUCCAGGGUGUUGGCGAUCUAUAUACUGACCCUCAAAUCCAUACAGCUGACGGCCUCGGCUACAAUGACGGGAACUUAGGACUCCGUGGAAUGGCCUUAUUUUUUCACUCUCAUCGAUGCAAUCCCCUGUGCGUUUACCUUGGUUUAACUCCGUUUGAUCUAUCAGCUAAUGAGGUAAAGGAGCUCUUUAAUGGCGAAGCCGAUGUAAAUGUGGACAUUGAAGAUGUGCAAAACCAAUCUGAUGAAGAUACUGGAGAAGACGCCGAUGUUUCUGAAACCCUUGAAUCUCUUUCGUCCCCUACAAAUAGACAGUACCAACAGCCGCAUGGAACUAUGCAUCAUUUUCUAGCGUCGUCGUUGACUAACGAGGAUGGAUUCUUCCGCCCACAUGUCCGCAAACGUUCUCUCUCUUUCGGUAUGAUUCCCCUGGGUUUUUCACCCUCCACGUCCCUUUCCGCGUGUUAUCGGUCAAACAGCAAACAGUUUUAUGGUCCUACAGUCACUAAAGAGGAUGAGUAUCGUGUCACACCUCGUCUACGCAGCCUAAGUGGUUGCUCUGCCGGCGACAAUUAUACCGAACUCGGUUGCCGAAUGCAAGCUUCGAGUGAUGUAAGAGCUCCUGCUGCCCUUCGAAACCUUUCAAGCAGCACUGAAUCGAAUGACAUUGAUUUACCCACGUUUCCUGAUGCUGUAUUAGACGUCGACUCGGGGUUCAGUUGGGAUGACGAAGGAAGUGGUGGGAUGUUUCGCUCACGAGGCCGAAGAACGCGAACUGUUAGCGAAUCAUCCGACGUGGACUUUGAAGUGUCCGUUGUUGCAGGCCCACUGCACCAAGCUCUUCACGAGACACACAAAUCAGCUUCAGCAGCCCACCCAUCGAACCUGGAUCAGGAGAUCGGCCAAUCCAUUUUGGGCCAGUUGCAUCACGAACUUGCACGGCUACACGAAGCUGGCAGGUUUGUGGAAAGGCCUAUUGGAGGUUGGUCACAGAAUGGACUGGGCGGACUCAUGCUAGACGAAAGCACCAAACCCCACGAGGACGAUCCUUCCCGGUCAAUCGACUGGGAGUCAGUUCUAUUUCAUGAGCGUCUUGCAGCUCAGUUGGGCUGCCUUGAGGCUCUAAUAAUCAUGGCUCAUUAUUACCUUGGUCUCCCUACCCAACUCCUUUCAGACUGUCCUAUCAAGCCUCUUGAAGAGGACCUGAGUCUGGGCGUUGACUACUUGUGGCGCUCAUCAAUGGGUGGUGACCGGCGCUGUAUGAUUCUUCUUGCACGUUACAUGGAUGCAUCGGUUGUUUUUGGUGGAUCUAACUCGGAUUCUCCGCCCGUGGUUGAUCGAGUAGUUAUUAGGAAGGCAUUAAAUCUUCGCACGACCCCAGUAGAUGAUUUUCUCAUCCUAUUGUCUUCCCACCGCGGCUUUCCAGUGCCCGCUGGGUCCGCGGGUCGCCCCUGGGCCGAAGCCGUCACCUGGUACCGAAAGGCCAUUGUAAACGCAGGGAUCACAAUCCCCGGUGAUGGCUGCUGUGAGGCAGAUGAGGGUUGCGAUGCUGAAGGCCGUUACGACGCAGCAGAGGAUCUGUCUCCGAUACACCGGCUGCUUGCAAGGUUAGCGGAGAUGUACGAAGUCGGUGGGCAUGGGCUACAAGCCGAUCCUAGCAUGGCUGGUGAUCUGUACACUGAGGCAGCGGAGUCGGCAACACGGCAGACCGAUGGUCGCCUGGCGGCUAAGUACUUUGAGCUCGCGGAUGAGGCCUACGCCAAGACAACCGAGUAA